AUGCUGACCAAUAUCACACAGUCUGCCUUGUUCAACUUCCAGUCCCUCCUCCUCGUGCUUCUGCUUCUGAUCUGCACCUGCACCUAUAUUCGCGGCACCGCGCCGAACCUGGUGGACAGAAAUCGUGAAGGAUUCCUCGGGCUGUUCUUCAAGUUUGCUAGAAUAGGAGAACGGUUAUCGCCCUACGUGUCGCUGGCGUGCAUAGCCAUGGCCCUCACCAUCAUGCUGGGAUCAUGA